CAUUUCACGUUUGUCGUCUGUGGUCUGUGUAGAAAACGAAAACUUCAUUUUAUUAUUUUCAAUUUUAAUUUUCAUACGUAUUUAUUGUAUUUCAAUUUUCUUCACAAUUGGUAGAAAUGUGACUUGUGAGAGAGGGAAUGGUUAAAUUGAAAACUUUAAUAGAGGCAAAAUAUUAUCAUUAAAAAUAUGAGUUAUCAGGAUGAAUACGUGGGUUCUUUUCCAAAGGACUUCAGUUACGGCCCCUUUGAGCAAAAUGGAGAAAAUGACAACGCCUCUCUUCAGGAAGAUCAUAAGCCUCGAAUACUUCUCAUGGGCCUCAGGCGGUCUGGGAAAUCAUCAAUACAAAAAGUAGUCUUUCACAAAAUGUCACCAAAUGAGACCUUGUUUCUAGAAUCAACUAACAAAAUAGUUAAGGAUGACAUAAACAACAGCAGUUUUGUACAGUUUCAAAUAUGGGACUUCCCCGGCCAGAUUGAUUUUUUUGAUUCUACGUUUGAUUCUGACACAAUUUUUGGUGGAUGUGGUGCUUUAGUGUUCGUCAUUGACGCACAGGAUGACUAUCAAGAUGCACUGGAUAAAUUGCAGUUGACUGUCACCAAAGCAUACAGAGUGAACAGUAAUAUAAAGUUUGAAGUGUUUAUCCAUAAGGUUGAUGGCCUUAAUGAUGAUUACAAGAUGGAAUCCCAAAGAGACAUACACCACAGAGCCACAGAAGACCUUGGGGAAGCAGGACUCGAUCAUGUACAUUUGUCAUUUCAUUUGACCUCUAUCUAUGACCACUCCAUAUUUGAAGCGUUCAGUAAAGUUGUCCAGAAACUGAUACCACAAUUACCUACUUUGGAAAAUCUUUUAAAUAUACUUAUAUCAAACUCUGGAAUUGAAAAGGCAUUCCUCUUUGACGUAGUUUCCAAGAUCUACAUAGCGACAGACAGUUCUCCAGUGGAUAUGCAGAGCUAUGAAUUAUGCUGUGAUAUGAUUGAUGUAGUUAUUGAUAUUUCAUGUAUAUAUGGGAUGGUAGAUGAAGCCGAAGUGAGUACAACUUUCAACAGUCAAAGCUCGAGCCUCAUAAAGCUGAACAACGGGACAGUGCUGUACUUGCGUGAAGUUAACAAUUUCCUUGCACUCGUUUGCAUUCUCCGUGAAGAAAAUUUCCAGAAACAAGGUGUCAUUGAUUAUAACUUCUUGUGUUUCCGAGAUGCAAUAACUCAAGUAUUCGAGUUGAGGAACAAAGCACAAAACGCCGCACAGUCUGUCAGGGAUCAGCAAAACGCAGAGGACUUGCCGAACGGCGCGGGAGAGUCCCCAGACAAUGCUACAGACCAUUUACAGACUCAGAUACCAUAACACAAUAUAGUCUAAGAUCCGGCAUUAGAUAUGUAUACCCUCAUCUGUUAUUUAUUUGGGAUAAGAAAAAAAUUAUAGAUUUUUUUUAAUUCUUUACGUAAGUGAUGAUGCAAUCUAAGAUGGAAGCGGGUUAACUUGUUAGGAGAAAGAUGAAAAUCCACACCCCUUUAGGUUUCUACGCGACAUCGUACCGGAACACUAAAACGCUUAGCGGUACGUCUUUGCCGGUAGGGUGGUAACCAGCCAGACCUGGACCAAUUAAAAAAACCUCAAUCAGCCCAGCCGGGGAUCAAACCCAGGACCUCCGUCUUGUAAAUCCACCGCGCGUACCACUGCGCCACGUCAAAAUAUUCAGUGACACAUAGCAAAUAGGUGAAAUUGCGCCUAUAUAUGCCUAGUUAAAUUGCGGCCAAACACAUUUUUCAUACAAAAUUUAGGAAACCAUGAAUUAGAUCGAAGGCAACUUAACACAGUUAAAUUGAGCAUUAAAUGAGCUUUCAUUUGACAUUAGACGACUAAAUAACUGAUGAGGGUAUGUAAAUAACGUUACUUAUCUGUUUAUAUCUGGCAACCCCACAGUUGUAGUGUGAAAGUAGGCAAUCUUUACUUUUUUUAAUUAGGUAUAUUCUAUUACCUAGUGUACAAUAUUUUUUAAUUAACCAAUGAGGGAAGUAGAUUAAAUAAAUUUAAUAUACAAUUUAAUCAUUCAAUACUCAACGGGUACAAUUGUACCAGGUAACCUACUCGUAUUUGCAAUGUGUCAAUGUUAAUAUUUUCAAUCAUUUAUUUCAUAUCCCAAUUAAAUACGGAUGUGGGUAUAAAUUUCUUAUGCCGGAUCUCGUACUAUAACUCAGAUUCCAUAACACAAUAUUCUAUAUCAUUAUUUUUGUUGUAUAAAGUCUAGACUAUGAAUGUAGUAGAAUAAUCUUUAAAAUAUGUGUAAUUUGUUUAUAUUACUGCUUAUUUAAAGUAUAUCCAUAUUAUAAUUUACUAUGAAAAUAUUUAAAUAAAAGAAACGUUAUUUUCUUGUA